GCGCAUUCCUCCAUCUUGAUCUUAAUCAGCAUUAAAUCUAAUAUUCAAACAUACUUUUAAGGCAAAUUUCUUUAUAUAUUUUUCAGAUAUUUUUGGCUUAUUUUUCUUAAGUGAUAUGUGAAUUGUGAAAAUAAAGGAACAUCAAAAAUUCUACACAAAUGUAGAAACCCCUCUUUAAGCAUUGUGUGUACACAAUGGGUACUGUACUGCACUGUCUGUUGUUGUUUUUAACCGGAAGUAUCGCCCAGCAACCCACGGCGGAACGUAGAAUCGCUCAGAACCCAAACGGUACGUUCUUUCAACCCUUCAUCAAUGGCAUCAACACAUUCUUCAACCCUGGGCAGUUUAGGAACCCAUUCGCCAGCAGGCAACCUCAGUCGGGUCAGCAGCAAUUUACUCAACAACAACAACAACAAUUUGGUCAACAACAACAACAACAACAGUUUGGCCAACAACAAUUUACACAACAACAACAAUUUAGCUCCAACCCCAUUAGCGGGGCCAGCAGUAUCACUGGGAGCGGAAGUGCCAGCUCUCAAAAUUUUCCGGAUAUCCGGAGCAAUCCAACUUUUACCCAAGAUUUCCGAAUAACAAACUUUCCGCAGGGAUCUGUGACGUCAGAACAACAAUUUUCCUUUGUUCCUCGGCAACCUGUUCCUGCUCAACCAACCAGGUUUAAUCCAGAACCUCAAGCUCCAUCGAGGUUCCAGGGGUUCCAGUUCCAACCUGGAGUUCCAGACCCGGUCCAAGGGUUUUCAUCUGCCCCUGCUCCAUCCGCCCCGCUCUCUGGACCCUCCGCCAGACCGAUAUUUGAUAAUGUUCCAACUGUCCCGGCAGUUACUAGCUUUCAGCAGUUCAGACCAAGUGAGAAUACAAAUAUACGAGGGCUAAAUCCACAGGAUGUUCGUUCCCUUCCUUUCUUCCCACCUCCUCGUAUCACAUUGGAGGACGAACCUAAACCCUUCUCCCCUCGAACCCCAUUGGAGGAACAACAGUUUCAAAAUAGUCAUACAGUCCGAAUACCAGUAGAAGAUUCGUCUCUUAGCUCCUUGGAACAGCUCCCACAAACCAGAAAACCAGAGUUUUCGUCUCCAGGAGACGAUUUUACCGGCGGGCGAGGACGAGGACGAGUGAGGGCAAGACCAGGCUCUGAUGAGACAGGGAGCAGAGGACGAGUGAAGAUUGUUUUCCGAGAUGAUGAUAAGAUUGAAGAAAAUGAGGAGGAGGGGGAGGAGGAGGUGGAGCUGACCGGAUCCAGGUCCAGGGUUAGAUCCAGGUUUACUUCUCCGGGUUCAGGUCCGGGCACAUCUCCGUCUGCUCCUAGAGUUACAGGACCCCGGAGCAGAACUCCGUCAACACUAACCGGAAACAGGAUUGUCCCAAGCGGGAAACGAAGACGACAGAAGGUUGGACAAGAGUCCGGAGCAGAAGAACUUGAAACUGAAACCCCGGAGUUCGAAGAGGAAGAUCGUAGAUCUAAUCUUUCUGGAAGACGGAAGAUAAACCGGAUCCAGGGAGAGUUCACCAGCGGGCGGAAACCGACCGUGACUGGUCCAAGGUUGACCGGACGGCGACGAAUUCGUCCGACCGGAAACGAAGUGGACGAUUAUGAGGAGGAAGCUAAUGAUGCAGAGCCUCCGACCACCCUUGAGACCCAACCUAAUAUUGAGAUCAACACGCUAGGAGAGCAUGGAUUUAACCGUAACCCUCAGAAAACUCAUCACACUCUACUUGCCCACGUGCAGGCUUCAGUAGAGGAGGAAUCGGUUACCCAGGCCGGGUCCACCAGCUCGGAGCAAGUAUUUAGUGCAACCACCAGUGAUAUUCAGAACGAGGAAGACGACAUUUACGAUGAAGAUUAUGAAGAUUAUGAUGCUGUAAGCACCCUUGAUCCUACUCUAACCACCACUGGAGAGAAUGCUCCUGUUGAGACAACUGUAUCCAAGAUAGAAGAGGACACUACUGACGAGGAGAAUCCUGGAACUGAAUCUAAAACUGAAUCUGAAAUCGAUUUUUCCAAUCCUCCGUCGGUCACACAAACUACCAGAGUACAAUUCAUUCCAACCGUUCCAUCCAGAUUUUUCCCCACUGUUUUGAACGACAAGGAAUCAUCUGAAAAUCCGUCAACGGAAUCAAGUUCCACAACUGUUAAACAUUUUCAGCUUACUCCCCUUCCUCCUCUUUCUACCACAGUUAAUCAGUUUCUACCAACAACAAAUUUUGUCCCAACUGUUGCUGCGAAAGAAGAUAUGUCUACUGAAACUGAAAAUGUUGUUGAAGAGGAGACUGUAACGGUAGCAUCUCCUGAACUGGAGACUUCAACUAGCGGAGUUUCAGAGCUGGACAUUGCAACAACGGUUCAACAGCCGGACACUACACAGGUUGAGUUGACAACAACAACAACAACACCGUCAACAACAAUAACAACAACGUCAUCCACCAAAGAAACAGUGGAGUCAAGCGAAAGUAUAUUUAAUAAAUUGGAUCAACUUGCCUCUAAUCUUGAUCCAUGGGCUCUUCAUAAUCAUCAUGAUCAGGACUCAACAACGGAAUCAACCACAACAUCAACAACAACCACAGAGAGAUUAAGGUUGUUUACGCUUCGUACCACAGAACCAACAACCACUAGAUCAACGACAACAUCAUUUAGGCCAAACUCUCUAGAGGAUUUAUUUGUUCACCGAGCUGGAGGUGCCACUGAUCCACCAACAACUGAUCAAUCAGCUGAUUCUGAACAAUCAGCUGAUUCUGAAAAAUCAGUUGAUUCUGAAGACUCCACUGAUUCAUCUGUCUCAUUUGCUGAUAAACCUGUUUCAUCAGACAAAACAUCAUUGAGGGACAGAUUGAGAGCUAAUAUACAGAAGACUACUCAAGAGGUUCUUGAGAAAGAUGAAAAGAAAGAGCUGCCAGAAACUAAUAGAAUAAGUUCCAGUUAUCAGGACAGAUUCAAGACGGACUUGGCCAAGAUCCCGAUCAAGAGUGACGACGUUUCCGGGUUGCUUCCUGCUGAUUUCAAGGCUAGUACUAGAUCUAGUGUGAGUGCUGAGAGUGAUGCUCUACUCCGUGAGCUCUUGGAGAAUUUAAAGGAAGUUGAUAUACAAAACCUUCUCAAGGAAUCAUCAGCCUCAGGGUCUGACGAUGAAGAUGAAGAGGAUAAAAACCGGUUCCGUCCUUCUGGUAAAUAUUCCUCGAGGAGACCAUCAGCUGUCAAGCCAGCGCCAGGGUUCAAAAUAGAACAGGACGAACUAGACUCGUCCCUUCUCCCUGCAGGGUUCAAGAUCGAACAGGACAAUCUUCCAUUGUCUUUGCUCCCUAAAGACUUCAAGAUAGAACCCGAGGAAGUGCCAGCGUCUUUGCUCCCUAAAGGCUUUAAGAUAGAACCUGAGGAAGUGCCAGCAUCUUUGCUUCCUAAAGGUUUUAAGAUAGAACCCGAAGAAGUGCCAGCGUCUUUGCUUCCUAAAGACUUUAAGAUAGAACCCGAAGAAGUGCCAGCUUCUUUGCUUCCUAAAGGCUUUAAAAUAGAAUCUGAGGAAGUGCCAGCAUCUUUGCUUCCUAAAGGCUUUAAGAUAGAACCCGAAGAAGUGCCAGCGUCUUUGCUUCCUAAAGACUUUAAGAUAGAACCCGAGGAAGUACCAGCGUCUUUGUUUCCGAAAGACUUCAAGCUAGAGCCAGUGGAAGUACCAGCGUCUUUGCUUCCGAAAGGCUUUAAAUUAGAACCUGAGGAAGUACCAGCGUCUUUACUUCCAAAAGAUUUCAAGCUAGAGCCAGUGGAAGUACCAGCGUCUUUGCUUCCGAAAGACUUCAAGCUUGAACCAGUUGAAGUUCCUGCGUCUUUACUUCCUAAAGACUUCAAGUUUGCGGAAGUUGAUGCUUCCUUCCUACCUGAAGGAUAUUCUCCUGACCUACCUAUUCCUGUAGUACCUGCUGAUAAACAAACAAAAAAGAUAACCCUCAAGUUUCCAACCAGGUAAGACAUCUAACGUCCAA